GUCAUUCAUCCAACACAACAAUGGCCUGGAGCAACAUCAUGGGCGAAAACUGUCAAAUAGAAAAUGAUGUUUUACUUUUUUAUUUAAAGAUGGCUUGGGCGCUGGUGCGAACAGCCAUAGAGAUAGUUUAUACUUAUAGGUUUAAUAUCAUGAUGACUGUGAUAUUAGUUUUAGUAGUUUAUGCUAUUUAUAAAUCUUAUUGGAGUCCGGUGCUGUAUAUCAAAGAGUUAGCCGACAUCGGUUACGAGCAUAUACCAAAGGGGGCAAAUCGGGAAAUCCGCAUCGCCAGGGCAAUGAAGGGUCGUCAGUUGGGGGUCAAACUGCCCCCACCCUACCCUAACGGAUGGUUCGCUGUAGCAGAGAGUAGAAAUCUGAAGAAUGGGGAUGUCACCAGUGUCGAUGCUUUAGGUCAAAACUUCUGCGUGUACCGCGGUGAGGAUGGCGUCGCGCGUUGCGUGGACGCAUAUUGCCCCCACCUCGGCGCAAACUUGGGUAUCGGGGGCAAAGUGGGAGGCAGCUGCAUCGAGUGCCCCUUCCACAAGUGGAGGUUCAAUGCUGAGGGCACAUGCGUCAAUGUUCCGGGGCAAGAUAAUCCUCCAAAAGGCGUCUCCAUCCGUACCUGGCCUACAGUAGAGGCCGACGGGGCGGUGUGGAUCUGGCACGAUGCCGACAACAGGCCCCCGUUGUGGACGUUAUGUGACGCCGACGAGUUGGCCUCGUGGGGAUACAGAGGCCGAAAUGAGUUCGUUGUCGGAUCGCAUUGCAUGGAUAUCCCAGAGAACGGCGCCGACGUGGCCCAUCUUAAUGCGGUGCACUCCCCGUCUCUGCUGUCCAACCUGGGAGAAAAGUACCCCUUCCUGCUUAACUUUAUAGGUCAGCACUCAUGGUCGGCUGAGUGGUCCCGCGGCGAAGGUCACGUGGCCACAAUGAAGCUGGAACACCACUACAAGAUGGGGGACUUGAGUUUAUUCCACAUGGACGUGGUGGCCACACAGAUGGGGCCCGGCCACGUCCGCCUCCGCAUCGACACAGGCUUCGGCCCCCUACUGAUCUCACAGUCAGUGACCCCUAUAGGGCCGCUACUACAACGCGUAGUACACAGAAUGUUCUCGCCAGCGUAUAACGCUCCAAUCGUAGCUGGGUUCAUUUGGGGAGAGAGCUACAUGGAAAUGCCGGAACCACACGCUGCAUUCAAUAACUGUGGGAAAAAGGAGGGACUAGAAAUAUGGAGGAUCGAGAAUUUUCAGCCAGUGCCCGUUGCCCCGAGUAAUCAUGGGAAAUUAUAUAGCGGCGACUCUUACAUCGUCCUAAAGACAUCAGGCCUAUCAUCGUCUCUAAACUAUGACGUGCACUUCUGGCUGGGCCGCGAGAGCUCGCAGGACGAGAAGGGCGCGGCGGCCAUCUUGUCAGUCAAUCUGGACGAAGCCCGUUUCAACGGUGACGCUAUACAGCACAGGGAGGUCCAGGGUUAUGAGAGCCAGGUGUUUCUGGAUUAUUUCAAACCCAUGAUUAGGUAUUUGGAUGGCGGACACGCAUCAGGGUUCAGUAAGGUGACCACAAACGAGGGCUCUGAGCGGCGCCUGUUCCAGAUUAAGGGCAAGAAGAAUGUUCGCGUCACACAGGUGGAAGCUCACAUAUCCAAGAUGAACGCAGGCGACUGCUUCAUCCUAGACAAAGGUCACGAUGUGUUCGUGUACGUGGGGGCGGAGGCGAAGAGUGUGGAGCGGCACACGGCCAUCAGGGCCGCCAACCAGAUCCGGGACCAGGACCAUAAUGGCCGAGGAGUUGUUCAGAUCAUUGAUUCCAGCUCCACUGAUGAUGAGCUGAACAACUUCUUUGCUGCGCUGGGUUCCGGAGACAAGGACUCCAUGCCCCCUGCGUCUGAUGGUGGGGAUGACGAGAAUUUCGAAACCGGAGUCGCAAAGGCAGUGAAACUCUUUGAAAUAUCUGACGCGUCUGGUCAGAUGAAGACCACCGAAAUCAACCCGAUUAAGGGGAAACACCAGCUUAAAUCUGAUGAGUGUUAUAUCCUGGAUGCUCAUACCAGCGGAGUUUUCGUGUGGGUCGGGAAGAAAUCUAACCAGAAGGAGAAAAUGGAGGCGAUGAAUAGAGCAGAAGAGUAUCUCAAGAAUCACAACUGCCCCACUUGGAUUCACGUGUCUAAAGUACCCGAAGGAGGGGAGCCUGCACCGUUUAAACUAUUUUUCCCCGAAUGGGCUUAAACGCUACACAUUUUUUUUGUUAUUUGACUGUAUUGACACUGUACAAAUCUCAAAAUGCAAUGACAAUUUUGUGGGCUUGCAUUAUUAUUUAUAAAAAACGUAUUAAAAUGCAUUUUUUUAUAACAAAAUUGUAAGUAUGAAAUAAAACUAUGAAAACGGAUUAUAUCGCGUAUA